AUGGCAACUGCAGCGAGUCAAAAGCAGGUCUCCAAGAAGCGUAAGUUCGUCGCCGAUGGCGUGUUCUAUGCGGAGCUUAAUGAACUUCUCACUACUAUCCUUGCUGAAGAUGGUUACUCUGGUGUCGAGGUCCGUGUGACUCCUAUCAAGACUGAGAUUAUCAUCCGUGCUACUAGGACUCGUGAGGUCCUUGGUGAGAAGGGUCGUAGGAUUAGAGAGCUCACUGCUCUUGUUGAGAGACGUUUCGAUUUCCCUGAGAACUCCGUCGAGCUCUUUGCUGAGCGUGUCGAUAAUCGUGCUCUCUGUGCCCAGGCUCAAGCUGAAUCACUUCGUUACAAGCUAUUGGGUGGUCUUCCUGUUCGUAGGGCUGCUUAUGGUGUAUUAAGGUUUGUUAUGGAGAAUGGUGCUAAGGGUGUUGAGGUUACUGUAUCUGGUAAACUACGUGCCCAACGUGCUAAGGUUAUGAAGUUUGCUGAUGGUUAUCUCCUAUCUACUGGUACUCCUAAAGAGAUGUAUGUUGAUCAAGCUAUUCGUAAUGUCGAUAUGCGUCAGGUAUUCUUGGUAUCAGAGUUAAGAUUAUGA